AUGCCAGAGAAGGUGCGAAAACAGGAGGCUGCUUCUGUUGGGCCAAUUGCGGCAGUCCGGGACUGGGUGGGUGAAUUGCUGACGCACUACGGCAGCCAGGAGUAUUGGGAGAGGAGGUACCAGAAGGAGCCAUGCGCUUUCGAAUGGUAUCAGGGGUACGCAGGGCUGAAGCCGCUUCUGAACCAGUACAUUGCGCCCGAUGCCAACAUCCUCCAGAUUGGCGUCGGGACUUCGUCCCUUCAGGAGGCCAUGGUGAAUGACUCAUACAAAAGAAUCCUGAAUGUUGACUGCUCUGAGACAGUCGUUGAGCACAUGAAGGAGAGGCAUCGUGGGCUGCCAAGUCUAGUGUACAAGGUUCUGGACUGCAGGGAUAUGUCCUGUUUUGCCAGCGGAACUUUUGAUGCCAUCAUCGACAAGGGCACCCUGGAUGCCAUAGUGUGUGGGGAGAACUCAGUUGCUGAUGCAAAGCAGAUGCUGCUGGAAUGCUCAAGGACACUGCGGAGCGAUGGGGUGUACAUGCUGAUAACCUAUGGCGACCCUCGAUCACGCCUGUGCCAUGUGGACAAUGCCGAACUGGGCUGGGACGUCAUAAUGUACUACCUUGAGAAAAAGGAAUCGCCAGACAAUUUGAACAAUGACGGCCAUGGUGAUUCCAAGAGGCACAUGUAUGGUCCGUACUCUUCACUAAAUGGGGACGACGUAAACUUCCUUUGCGGACUCCAAGACGUUCAUUUUGCCUAUGUAUGCAAACGAAAGUAG